UGACCAGGCAGCUCUAGUGGUUUCCUGCUUCAACAUUGGCUUCACUCAUUACUCUAUGAGCCCACCGGACUACAACUCAGCCUUGGUCUACCACGCAGUGCAGCUAGAGCUUUCUGACACUGACAGGAUCGGAAAUGUUGAUAACUGUGUACGACCCUCUUACAUUAUACCUGCUCUCGUUCCCUAGGUGACCAGGCAGCUGUAGUGGUUUCCUGCUUCAACAUUGGCUUCACUCAUUACUCCAUGAGCUCACCGGACUACAACAUGGCCUUGGUCUACCACACAGUACACUUGGAGCUCUUGGACAGGAUUGGAAAUGUUGAUAACUGUGAACGACCCUCUUACAUUAUACCUGCUCUCGUUCCCUAGGUGACCAUGCAGCUUUAGUGGUUUCCUGCUUCAACAUCGACUUCACUCAUUACUCCAUGAGCCCACCGGACUACAACUCAGCCUUGGUCUACCACGCAGUACAGCUAGAGCUUUCUGACACUGACAGGAUUGGAAAUGUUGAUAACUGUGAACGACCCUCUUACAUCAUACUUGUUCUUCUUCCCUAGGUGACAGGCAGCUCUAGUGGUUUCCUGCUUCAACAUUGGCUUCACUCAUUACUCCAUGAGCCCACCGGACUACAACUCAACCUUGGUCUACCAUGCAGUACAGCUAGAGCUUUCUGACACUGACAGGAUUGGAAAUGUUGAUAACUGUGAACGACCCUGUUACAUCAUACUUGUUCUUCUUCCCUAGGUGACAGGCAGCUUUAGUGGUUUCCUGCUUCAACAUUGGCUUCACUCAUUACUCCAUGAGCCCACCGGACUACAACAUGGCCUUGGUCUACCACGCCAUACACCUGGAGCUGUCCGACAGGAUCGGGUACUUGGCGAUGAAGUCGCGUGCCUUAAACUGCCUCGGCAAGAUAUACACAGCUCUGAAGGACAAUGAGGCGGCCAUCUUGCUCCUUGUGGAAUGCUUGGAAGUCCACAGUCAAACGGGAAACCAUCGCGGACUGGGCAUAGCCUACGGGAACAUCGGUACGGUGUACCGAGCCAUGGGUCCAGACGGACAUUCAAAGGUUUACGACGCCACGUCAUCCUCUAACAAUGACAAUGCGGCUAGCAUCAACCACAUCGUUGUCUUUCUACAGAGACCUCGGAGUGAGGGAGAUCCCUCUGUUCCCCAUCCCCAACACUAAACUCGCAAUCAGAUCAAUUGUGGUUUUACCCUUUACACCGAUAUGUUAGUACUCGGUACUUUCCCGAGUUCUGUGAAAAAAAAAUCACAGGCAUAUUACUUGGGUGGGAUUCGAACCAUCGACCCUUGCAGUUAACGAGCAGUGUCUUCUUACCAUCCUAAAUAAAGGGUUCAAACUGCCUCUAGCUACCAGGCACUCUAGGUGGUCUAGUUUGUAAGACACUGCUACAGAUUUGCAAAGGUCCUGGGUUCUAAUCCCACCCAAGUAAUCGAGUAUGCCUGAGAACUUGUGAAAGUUACUCGUCGGUGUAAUGGUAAAAUCAAAAGUAUAUGAAAUUCUUUAUCCCAAAUGCAAAUUUAACAUCUAGUUCUCGCAACCAUCUCUUAACUAGUUUCACCCAUUUACU